AGAGCUUCCCCCCUGCUCCGUCGACAACUCAAACGCCCAUUUCACUUCAUAUUCCCGGAAACCACCAAUACUUUCCCUCCGCACACCGAUUACACAAGAGAAACAACAUAAUGUACUGGCCCAUAGGCGCCCCCAGAAUAUACGCCGCCAGAGUCCCGCCACCAGCAAUCAGAAUCGACUACGACUCCGACGAAUCCGCCGAGCUUGUGCGAAAUAGCCUGUCGCUCUCUCCCGUGCCGGGCGACGACGGAGAUGAAGUCGAUCUGACGAAAGAGUCCAUCGAAGACGAGGAGGAUGGGCGGAAAGUAGGCGAACGAGAGGUGGAGGACGAGGAAUCGCUGCCGGAGACACCGACCGCGCAAGACGCCGAGCAGGAACCGACGACGAGCGACGGCGCGCUGGACGACGAAUCGAGAACACACAUUGUUGCGCUGCGCGUUGCACGGACAGGAUCGCUAUUCGCAACCGUCACCAGGGCGGAGUUGACAAUAUGGCAGAUGAAGCCGACCGCAGUGGUGGCACAUGUGCGUCGGUCGCCGAGUUCGGUCGAAGCGUACGGACCCAAUGUCGACGUCCUCGUGCGACCGGAUUCACAGAUAUUCGUCGUUCAAACAUCGCUCGGAUACCUCAUGACGUAUUCUCUCGCGACCGAUCCGAACGCCCGAGUCUACAAGCCUGCUUUCGUCAAUAAUUAUCACCACCAUGCGCGGCAGCAGUCGUUGUCAAACUCGGGUGGGAAAAUAGCGUCUGUCAAUGGCGGCUUAAUGCCCGGCGUUGGCGAAGGCGGUGGUGUCCGGGAAUCUUCGCUGCAGUUCAGGAUGGUGAUCAAGGUUGAUGCUGGCAUCGGCAAAGUUCUUGCGCUGGAGGAUGAGUUGAUGGUGGCUACGAUCAAGCCCGCGGCAAUACAGUGCAUUCGGUGGGCGCCAGACUCGACCGGAAGCCAGACGUCUGCGGAAUUACUUAGUCGGAUGCCUUGGAUGAAGAAGAAAGUGAUCACUACCGACAUGGUGUAUGAUCGGCCUAUGAAUCUUUCCACCUGGGUUACGACCGAUGGUCGGGCGUAUGCAGUCCAGAAACUGCUCAUCUCGGACCGCGACAACGGAUCUCGGACGUUCAAGGGAUACUGCUUCCAUUCGCCGUCGGGCCGUGAUGAGGCUGCCGUCAAGGUUGCCAUCAAUGCGCGGUUCUCGAUGAUCGCGGUGGCGUGUGCGAAUGGCUCGAUCGCUGUGUACACCGCCCGCGAUUACAGUGGAAACAUUCCUCUUUCCCAUAAAGUCUUCGUCCCCAGCCCAUCACCUGGACAAGUCACAUUCGUGAGCUGGUCCCCAGAUGGCUAUUGCCUCUUUGCUGGCUACAAACACGGAUGGGCGACCUGGAGUGUAUAUGGAAAGCCCAGCGGCAACUCCUUCGCAGUCAGAAAAUCGCUCUUGGAGCAAAAGCCGAACGAAGGGUACCUCGGUGGGGUAAAAGAUGGGUCGUGGAUUGCGGGUGGGGGAGAGAUCUUACUGUUGCGAGCAGACGGGGAUGAACGCAUUUGGGGUCUUGAGUUUGCUAGAUCGUCAAUUGCGGGGUGCUUUUCGUCUGUCACCACCGCACGGCCGAUGUUGCAAACCGGGGAGAAGCUGCUUGUCUAUCGCGGAUACGACCAGGAUGACAACACCAUGAUUUCGCAAGAUAGCAGCGUCCUCUGGCAUUCGGUUCAGGUCCCUGCCUCAUACUUGGCGGAUAAUUGGCCCAUCCGGGCUUCGGUGAUCUCUCCUGACGGCCGUUAUGUUGCAGUCGCCGGGUCGCGUGGGUUGGCUCAUUACUCCAUAAACAGUGGGCGAUGGAAAACCUUCGGAAACCAACAGAUGGAACAGGAUUUUGUCGUGAGAGGCGGGAUGUGCUGGUACCAGCAUAUUCUGAUUGCUGCGGUGGAAAGUAAAGAUUCGUUUCAGCUACGGCUCUACUCGCGCGAACUCCAGCUUGAUAAUACCAUGCUCGUUCAUCUCGAAAUGCUACCAUCGGCGGUCGUGGUUCUCUCACUCACGGGAGACGACUCUCUACUUGUCUACACUACCGAUAAUGUGCUCUACCACUUCAUCGUGCAAAGCACCGAGAACUCGGUGAAAUUAGUACAGGUCGGCCAGAUCACAUUCCACGGAAUCAUACCAGCUGCUACCAGGGUCCGCGCGAUAAGUUGGAUUGUACCGGACGAACAGCUUCGCGGAGGUGAUCCGUCCAAGGACGUUGCAGUGGCCACGAUGAUCUUCCUUGUCGAUGGAAAGUUGGUGUUGCUUCAGCCAUCGACCACUGACGGAGGGAAGUUGAAGUAUGACAUGCGAGUAUUGCUGCAAAACGUGGAAUACUACGCUCUGAUACGCGAUCAACCCAUUCAGCAGAGCUUCAUGCCUAGACCGGAGCGGGAUACACCGCUGAGCGAGACGUUUCCCCUGGUCAUGGAAAAAAAUCUCUCGGAUUCCUUGUGGGCAUUCGAUGGAAACGAUGUAAAGGCAUGGAUAGAUGUUAAGGAUAUCCUCGAAUCCGGGGCACAUGGACGUGAACUACCACCGCCAGUCAAGGUUCCGGUAGAUUUCUAUCCCAUGUCGGCGCUAGUCAACAGAGGAAUCAUCCUCGGAAUCGAGUCAGAUCUAGUGCAGCGGCGAGACGUCGGCUUUUCGUACUUCAAAUUCUCAACAAGAACACACCUAUUCAUCACUCACCUUCUCCGCCAUCUGCUCACCAACCACCAACCCGGAGCGGCAGUGGAGCUGGCGCGCAACUACGAAUCCCUUGCCUACUUCGACCACGCUCUCGAGGUCCUCCUCCACGAUGUGCUGGACGAUGAAGCCGACAACCCCCCUGAGCCCGAGGAUGCUGUGCUACCGGAUGUCAUCCAAUUUCUGUCACAUUUCCCCCACUAUCUCGACGUGAUCGUGCGGUGCACACGGAAAACUGAGGUGGCGUCGUGGAAACACCUUUUCUCAGUCGUCGGUUCACCCCAAGCGCUAUUCGAGGAAUCGUUAUCCAGAGGACACCUGAAGACGGCUGGCGGUUAUCUGUUAAUUCUACACACCCUGGAACAGCUCUCUUCAAGUUCGAAGGACAUGGUUCGGCUUUUUGCUAGAGCCGUGCAGGAAGGCGACUGGGAUCUCUGUAAGGAACUGGCUAGGUUCCUAACGGCACUGGAUAAUAGCGGAAAAACUUUGAGGGAGGCAUUAGAGCUAGUCGAGCUCAGGUCACCUAAGGACGAGGGAGGGAGGAGUUUCAUGUUUGAGGGCGCGCUCACUGUAAGGACGCCAUCUUGGGGCAAGAUGAGUGGGGAUUAUGAUUUUCCGGGAGGUAGCAAGUGAUGAACGUUUUAUGUUGUAGGAGACUAUAUUGCACACAGUACCGAGGGAGGGCAAGAAAUUUAGACUCAACCAGGGUCUGGCACCAUACUGAAAUCAAGUCCGCGUUCGCGU